AUAAUCAUCUGUUCCCGUACAUCUGCCUUCAUUCCUCGUGACGAGCUUUGCAUCUCGUCUUCAUUGUUGUUCCCAUCUGGAUUGCGGACUGCUUCCCUCGAUCCUCAACCUCCCGCUUGGACACAGACCUUCGACGCCUCUCUGUAGCCCCUCGAAUUCCUGCUUCUCACGGAUCUAUAAGCCUGCCCUGCCCCUUUUGGACUCGCCUCUCACUCAACAUUACGGGAGGGUGGAGGAGAGUUAAAGAAAAGGAAAAUAGAGAGUGAGACGUGUGAAGUGUUGCUCAUCUUCUUAACAACUCAACUGUAACCUGCCUUUAACCCCCGGCCGCCGAAGUUGGACUGAUGUUGUUCCGAAGCAUAAAUGGCGUAAAAAGUACACCCAGUACCUGAAGAUGAGUCGUGAAAAAUACUCUGCAAAAAAAAGCUCGCAGCCUGAUCAUAAAUUUCAGCCGACCCUUGAAAAUCUGCUCCAAGAUAAAGUGUAUUUAGCAGCCUUCCAUUCAUAUCUACAGUCUGAGUUCAGUGAUGAAAACAUUGACUUCUGGCUCGCUUGUGAGAACUUCAGGGCGACUGCCUCGUCGGAUAACCUGCAGUGGAAAGCCAGGGAGAUCUACAAGGAGUUCAUCCAACCGACAGCCUGCAAAGAGAUCAAUGUUGACCAUCGCAUCAGAGAGGAGAUCAAGGAAUCCUUGGACAAACCAAGUCUAACAUGCUUCGAUGAGGCCCAGAAACAGGUUUACCUCCUAAUGGAAAGAGACUCUCGUCCAAGGUUUCUCCAGUCCAGUGCUUACCUGAGACUAAAGCACAAAUCCAGGACUCUGUGGUACAUUUAGGUGAACUUAUUUUAUAAACUGAUCAACCUGAAGGAAGAAGUUAAAUUUACAUUCAUUGGUUGUUCUAAGGAUAUUCAAAAAGAUCA